AUGGACAAGACUUUUCUAGAUAAAGUAACCGAGGAUGGAAUGGUCAAGUGCUAUUCAGAAAACGAAAUCUUAAAUCGUAAGAUUGUCGCCCGUGGUGGAUUCGGAGUCGUGUACAAGGCAAAGUUGAAACAUACUGGC